UGUUGCAUAGCACGUUAGCAAGAUGAGCGGGGCAAACGGUAAAAAGGGUCCUUCCACCGGUGUGAUGGAGUGGAUCGGUUCAGCGUGUCGAUUUGCAACAGACAGAAACGACUUCAGAAGGAAUCUUCUGGUCAACCUGGGCUUGUUUGCAGCGGGUGUUUGGGUUGCAAGAAAUCUCUCAGAUUUUGAUCUGAUGUCUCCUCAGCCCGUUACAUAACCUGGUCAAAAUACCGCACCACCGAAACCAGGAUGAGACGGUGUCUUGGACCAACAAAGAAGA